AUGUUCCGCACAAAAGUAAUUGCCACCACUCAAAAUCUCACCUUCACCAGGAAUGUGGCCAUGAAGGGAGAUGUCAAUCUUUCCUCCAGAAGAGUGAUGAGAAAAAUUAGGUUGGGAAAGGCUAGACCAGCUAUUUUCUACCAGUUUGACACCCUUGUCGAGUUGAGUGAUGGAUCUGUCAUUAAGAGAAGAUCCCAAGCUCCAAAAGAUGAAAUCAGAAUGAUCACCGACCAGAGAAACAGUGCCUUAUGGAAUCCUAACAGAUCUGACCUUUCUACUUCCGAUCCUAAUGCUACCGGCAAGAUCAAUAAGUUCAAACAGAGAUUCGCAUCCUUCAGCGGUGAAGAAGAGCCAGUUGUGGCGAAUGAAGAAGAGGCUCCUAAGGACAAACAGGAUGACUUGCUCGAGUUGAUGGGCCACAAUGUCCAGGAAGUCAAUAAGGGUGGUAAGUUGUUCAACAAAAAGGAAAGCAGAAACAGAAAGGUGUAA